AUGCCUCCGCUGGCGCGGUCAGCGACGAUCCCGAGCAUCCACAGCAACUGGAGCGCUGCUGGCGGGGGUGCGAGCAUCAACAUCCAUGCCAUAGCGAAGCCGUUAAUGCGCUUCAUGUACGACCGCGAGGUGAAGAAGCUCAUUGCUGCUCAUGGGGACCACGACCUGACGCGGGACAUGCUGGACGCGUUUCUGAGCUAUCUCGGCUCACCCCAGGUUACGUCCCCCACGAAGACCUUGAUUGUCCAGGAGCUGAUUCGAAGGCUGGGUUGGCACGAUUCCGUGAAGAGCAGUACAAUGGCGCUUCUUGCCGAGUCAGUUCGCUCCCCCGAAGACUGUCUGGUCUUUGAGGACCUAUUGCGCCGGCAGGAUGAAGCGCAAAUGCCCGCUUUUAUGCUGGUGGGGCGAAUGUGUGACGAGGGCGUGGCGCCGCCGCGCGAAUUUUUACGCGCGUGUGUUGACGCUCUACGCACUCAGAACGAUGUACCCAAUGACCAGUGGUUCGUCCUGGAAACUUUUUGCGAAUCACGCUGCAUUCCUGUUAUCGACCUUAUUGCGGAGAAUAUCGAUGCCUUCCGCGAAAUCGUUGGAGUUGCGAGCCGCCUUUCACGGCUUACGCAUUUGGCCAUCGACGCUUACCUGGACCAGUGGGAUUUCAAAUUACUGUGCGACUGUAUCGCAGUCACUGGUGUGGAGGUCGAGGAUAAGCGACGGUUGCCGGAUCUGUACGUCUACGCCCAAGGAGUUGCUCUUGAAGCACUCCGCGAAACACUACAGUCGUCAUCCAUGGAAUACGCCUACGUUCUCAGGAGGACACCACACAUACUGAAUGUCUGGAGUACUAGUGCCGACACCGAUCGUUCUGUCCGCCGUGAAUUUGCAUGUCAUUUCGUCAGAAUCGUCGCCAGCGAGGGCGGGUGGGGGGUGACAUGCCUGGCGCCCCUUCGUCAGUGCCUCGCCCAUCUGACACGUGAAAAUGGGCUUGACCAACGGAUAAGACACGCGGCCACAUUUGCGUUGCAGACAGUGAUUGGAAGCAUGGACCACUGGUUUGUUCGACCCCGUUGA